GCCAGACAAAGCUAGACAGCGAUUUGCCGUGCCAAAGCCGCCGUGCAAGAGCUAUGUAUUUGCAGCAGAUCUCAUGACGGAGAUCUUCCGCGUGGCCUAUGGCCUGCCCAUCGUCGGAUGUAUGUUUUUCUAUGGCGUUCAGUUCGUUCCGGCAAAGCUCCGGAGCACCUACAACGGCGCCGUUCCUUGGGCCGUUCCCACGCGCGGAAGAAGUACGUAGCUGGGUGCCAGGAGUCUUCCAAUGGUUUAUGUCUUCAGGGGGCCUCUUUGUCGCCCUGAUCCUGGGCGAACUCCUGUCGGAUGAAGUGCCUGGUGGGCAUUAUGCUGGCCUUUUGGGCGGUGCCCUUGUGGCGGUGUCCAACGGGAUCAUCUUGCACUUGAAGCGCCGCCUUGGCCUCUUCACCAGUGUGGUCUUGUAUCAGGCGGCCAACCUGAUCACAGGCUACUGCGUCGGCCGCUUUGGGCUCUUCAAUGUGCCGCCGGACCCAGGACGCUGGCCCUAUCUCCGCGAUGUGGGUGUGGCUCUGCUCCUGGCGUCCUUACGGCUUUUGUCAGUACGUCCCACCACGGACAAGCCAGUGGAACGGGUGCGGGCCAUGUCGGUGCUGUCGGACCCUUUGGUGGAGGUCACUGCCGAGGACUUCGAGGGCUGCGAUCCGGAGACCAUUUCGCUGGUGAUUCAAGAAACGGAUCCUGACGAUCUCUUCCUCAACGUCCAGGAGUUGAGGUCUUCGGAGAAUCAGCCAGAUCUACAGAGGGCCAUCAGCGACCGGAUCAUGCGCAGGCGAUCAGAGGCAUCACAGGCAGCGCUGCUCUUCGGGGUGGAUGAAGAGGAGGCUGGCCCUGGCCCUUCCCGGCGAAGGAGUUGGCCCCAGCUGGGACAUCUCCCUCCAGGUCUUCCUCCCGGCUCGCCCAAUCCUCCGCGCAGCUCGGCCACUUCCACUCCCUCAGUGAACCAGCGCCGCAGCUCCCUCCAGACCGUGAAUCUCCCGGACGUUUGCAGCAUGGCUUCUUUGCCGCACACACCGCCCAAGACCUGCUCCAUUGUUCUGGGAUGGCUUUUAGCCGGCGUGGCCGGAGUUUGUCGCGGGUUGAAUCCCGUGCCCUUUGCCAUGUGGCAUCGGACCUAUCCAUCUACGCAGUCGGCGUGCUUCGUCUUCCCCAUGGCCUUGGGAGUCUGGGCGUCCUCGACCACCAUCUAUUUGGGCUACACCUCCUGCAAGAAGGUCCUACACCUGCGGUCUCCGGCCAAGCCCAACAUCCGUCCAGCCUUCCUCUCGGGCUGCUUCUGGGCGCUGGGCUUUGCGUGCUUUGCCAAGUCGCUGGACGAUAUCGGCUAUACGGCCACCUACAUGCUCAGUGUCAUUGGCCCUGUGCUGGUGUCACAGCUGAUCUCAGUCUUCAUCUUCAAGGAGAUCCAGGAUACCACGCAGCUACGCUGGUUUGCAGCUUCCUGUGUGGUCCAGGCUUUCGGGCUCUCCUGCAUCGUCCUGGGAACCUGAGCAGACCUCGACGGCGAGGAGACGCCGCUUUGUCGCUUUCACCGCUGCCUAAUGCGCCGAAGAAAAAGAUGAAGAAAAUCAUCACGGGAAGACUGACAUGGUUGGAGGAUGGGAGGGUGAGGCUGUUGCCAUUGUUUUUGUGUGGGACCAUUUUUUGAUUUGGGUACAUCUUCAUUUGUAGGGCUACACUCCAGCAGACUGCACUCCAACAUGAAAGUGGACCAUGGCCUUGGCAAGGCCAGAAGGGGAAACUCCUCCUUCCAUGGUCCAUUGUUUCAGUGCAAGGUGCACCUUCCCAGCCAACAUCAGCCAACCACUGGCCUCCAUCGAGGACAUGUUGUUGUUGUUGUUGUUGCUUUAUGUUUUUCUUUUUUUAAAAAAAUGUUAUUUAAUGUUGUGUUUGUUUAGUAAAAGGGUUAGUUUGAUUAGUUCGAGGCUUUUUUUCCGGCUACUUUGAGGUGCUUGUUGUGAGUUUGGCAGCUUCUACAUGCUGGUGAGCCAGAGCGGAAUUCUCUAGGACAUGUGUGUGUGUGUCGCCCAGGUUUUGUGGCAUUGUUGCGGCUAAGGCCCUUCAGAUCGGCGUGCCCUGCUGAGAUGCCUUGGGUUUUGCCACCCGAAGCAAAGCAAAGCAAAGCAAAGGCACAUUGACACCACGGAGCGGUCAUCAAACCUGAAACGUUGAAGCCGAACACUGGGC